GCUUGCCACCAUGGGCUAAAAAUCAUACCAUUAUGGCUUCACUUCUCAGUCUUGUCUUUGCCUUCAAUCUCAUUGUUAUGAUGUCAAGUUCCUUACCCACCACAUCAAGUGAAGCCUUUGCCAAAGAGUCUCCCAUGUUUGUCUCCCCAAAACCCAUGGAAAAAAUCACACAACUCCACUUCUAUUUCCACGACAACUUAACUAAAACUAAUCCAACUGCCAUGCAAAUUGUUGCGCCACCUAAGGGAUCCGUUGGUGGCUUUGGGGCCACUUACAUGAUGGAUGACCCUCUCACUGAGGGAACAAGUCCUAGUUCCAAGCUUGUUGGAAGAUCUCAGGGUAUCUAUGCCAUUGCUUCUCACCAAGAGCUUGGGUUGCUCAUGGUGCUCAAUUUCGUCUUCACUGAGGGCAUUUACAAUGCCAGCACCCUAAGCAUUCUUGGAAGGAACCCUAUUGCGGAAACAGUUAGAGAAAUGCCUAUUGUUGGGGGCAGUGGGAUCUUCAGAUAUGCAAGGGGAUUUGCUUUGGCUAAGACUUAUCUUUAUGAUCCUAAGUCUAGUGUUGCAAUUGUUGAAUACAACGUGUCUGUCCUGCAUUUUUAAGUUACCCGCAUUCUCUUGCUACUACUUUUUGAUAAAGAAAGUGUUAGAAAGAGAAUGUUUGAUGUUUGAAUAAUACGUUGAAGCGGCACUUUAUAUGGGUUGGUUUUGAGUAAUUUUAAGUCUUUCUUUUCUUUAUUUUUAAGAGUAACCUUAAGAGUCCUAAAGAGGAGAUCCCUCUUAAAAGUUAGCAGGUUUCAAGUUUGGAUAGCAGUUCUGUUGUUUUAGCAUUAAGUAAUGAUGCCACUUUCAGUUCUAGAUGAAGUAGUUAAUAUUGAUGUGAUUAAGUAUGAACGUGUGGAUGUAACUGUUUCCUAGAUGUGUAAUGUGCUGUAUGAAUGAAUUAUAUUCGAGAGAUGUUGUUAUCAGUAUUUUAAA